UCUCUCUUCUUUCUUCUGACUUGACAAUGGCGGUCGGUGAGGUUAUGAGGAUGGAGAUUCCCGCCGGUGGAGAGUUGACAGUUACUACUCCGGAGUUGCAUGUUCUUGCCGUCGACGAUAGUAUCGUGGAUCGUAAAGUCAUCGAGAGGUUGCUUCGAAUCUCUUCUUGUAAAGUGACGACUGUGGAGAGUGGGACUAGGGCUUUGCAGUAUCUUGGCUUAGAUGGAGGCAAAGGAGCUUCUAAUCUUAAGGAGGUGAAUUUGAUAGUAACGGAUUACUCAAUGCCAGGACUAACAGGAUAUGAUCUCCUCAAGAAGAUUAAGGAAUCUUCAGCGUUCAGAGAAGUACCAGUAGUGAUUAUGUCAUCUGAGAACAUCUUGCCUCGUAUAGAAGAAUGUCUCAAGGAAGGAGCAGAGGAAUUCCUGUUGAAACCGGUGAAGCUAGCAGAUGUUAAGCGAAUAAAACAACUUAUAAUGAGAAAUGAAGCUGAGGAAUGCAAAACCUUAAGCCAUUCUAACAAAAGAAAGCUUCAAGAAGACUGUGAUACAUCAUCAUCAUCAUCAUCAUCAUCAAGUCAUGAUGAUUCUUCUGUCAAGGACACUCCAUCUUCUAAACGGAUGAAAUCAGAAUCUGAAAACCUUUCUUCUCUAUUUUGAAAUAUAUAUAUAUAUAGAGGCUAAGACCUUUGCUAACACUUUUUGUUAAUAUUCCUCAUCUAAGUAUUUUGUUCAUUCGUUUUUUGUUUUGGGGUUAAUACAUAGACAAUGUUUAA